AUGCUCAACAGCAUCGCGCUGAAUGACCCAACCAUUCCCGCGCCAGGUGAGAUGCAACCUACCAAUGGCAGCAGCCAUUCCGGUAGCCCACGUGUGCAUCGGGGCUCAUUCAAUCUUCACACCGCCGACCCGAAUCACCAUCGCCAUCCGAGCUUGGGGUCACUGCAUCAAGAGUUGGAGAAUGAACAAGAAGCACAGGUCAAUCGCUUACUUCACAUGAUUCGGAUGCAACAAGACCAGAUCGCAGCUAUACAGCAUCAGCGGGGCGAGCCCUCGCCGGUCCCGGUCGAUGGGAAUCGGUAUCGUACCAUAUCGUCUGCAUCGAACACACCUGCCAGCGCAGCUGUGAUGGAGCAGUCACCACCUCUCGCCGCGGCCACCAGCGCCCACGUUCCUCGCGGUCACAUCAACCGUCCUCACUCUCUUUCCCGCGAGUCUUCGGCGUGGGCAAACAGCGGAGGCACGUCUCCUGCGUUGACAGCUCAGUCGGGAACCCUUGCACCGCUCACAGAGGACUUCUUGCUGGGAGGUACACGUGACGACUGCGCCUUCUAUCAAGCCGAGACCUCGAGCUUGACGAGGGAGAAUCAAAUGCUUAAGAAACGAGUGGCUGAGCUUGGUGAGUUGCCUUGCGAGCUCCGAUGCUAUUGUCUGGUCUUGUACUGA